AUGGAUCCCAAGUUAUUCUCAACAGCCAGUGUUAAAAACUGGUUAUCAAAAUUCAUGGAACAAGAUAUUGUGAAGAAAUUUGAGGAGAAUUAUGCUGAUGUAAAUAUCGAUGAUAAUGAUGAUUCUACACCAGUUUUUAUUCCGUCACUACUACUGACACCAUUGUUUGCUUCUGAUGAACCGGUCAGUAUGGACGAUUUACGAAAAAUUUACACACGUUUUCUAUUGCAAUUGAGAGAAGAGUACAUUAUACAACAACAUGUAAUUCAACUGAUUAGCAAUCAUAUCAGUUCGUUAAUCAGUAAGAUUUCAAGUUUAAUACAACAAGAAGCAAAAAAUGUAUUGAAAAUUUUUUUGUAUAAUUAUUAUUAUCAAAAUAUGGCGAAACAUUAUGGUGCAAAAUCGCAGUUAUGUACAAUCCAUCUUCAUUUACAUCUCAAAGUACAACUGUUGAAAUAUGGUUCAUUAUCACUAACGUCGUGUUUUCCCCGCGAAGAUUAUUUGAGAAAUUCAUUAAAAUGGUGUCAAGUUAAAAAAUAUGUCUUAGAACAAUUUAUUCCAUGGUAUUUGGUUGAUCGUACAUUACGUCGAACUAAUGAAUUAAGUAUUAAUGACUUAUUUUUCGCCGAGAACUUUGACGAAAGAUAUUUAAACAACAAAAUUAUUCAAACGUAUGAAGACAAAUUAACUGCUUGUCUAAUGAAAAAAAAUGUCGAUCCAACAAGAACAACAAUAAUUUAUUAUGCUCGUUAUUGUCGUGGUGUUAGAAAAUUCCACUGUAGAGCCUAUGCACGAAGGGGUGAUACUAUUAGUUAUUAUGUAUCAAUAUCAAACCCAACAUGUUCAGCACAACGAACAACAUACUUUGAUGAAGUUUUAUAUUAUUUACAAAUGUCUGGAAGUUAUUAUGCAUUAAUAAAAAAAUAUGAUUGUAUGGAAUACUAA